UCCUCCAAGGGAGAGGGAAGCAGCUCGAUAAGGCCGGCUCCUCAAGAGCAAGGGGCAGAAGGGCUAAGCAAGGAGGAGAAGGAGAAGCAGGAGAGAAGAGAGAGGAACAUGGUCGAGGGCUGGAAGGAAGAAUACUACGACAGUGAGUGGGCUGGUGGCAUCUGUGCCCUUUGCAGAGGAGCCCCUUCUUUCUUUAACGCCUCUUUUCUCAACAGUUGUCGAGCAGCUGCCUCUGGAGCUGCAGAGGUCCUUUUCACUCAUGCGAGAACUCGAGCACAAUGUCCAGCAGAAAAUCGCCACGCUCACCUCGCUAACAAAAGAGUACCGCGAUGCAAGGCUAGCGCUACGCACCCACGUCUCUCCAAACGAUGCCAAGGCCAAGGGAAAGCAGGCAGCAUACGACAUGGAUGGUCAGGGUGACGAGAGAGAGGGCGCAUACAUGAAGCCAAAUGGCACUGUGUCGCCUUCACCUCGUCCGAGCAAGCGGCAGCGGCUGGCGAUGCUCUCGGCCAUUUCGAGCGCCACCUCGGGCGCGAUUCGGGCCGCCGAGGAGAAAGUGGGUCUUGCCGUGACAGCGUACGAGUGGGUGGAUCGCCACAUUCGAAGGCUGGACAGUGACUUGCAAAAGAGCGAGAGCAGCCUGCUGCUGGGUCUGCGUGCGGGCACAGAGGCCAGCAGAGGUGUCCGAGACGCUCUUGGCAUACUCGACGAGGCGAAAGUCGGCGAAAGUGAUGGCGGCGGCGGCGGCGGCGGCGACUACUACGACGACGACGAUGGCAAGGCCGCCGGACGAGGCGAUCGUGGUGGCGUUGACGAUGACGAUAGCGUCGUAGGAGCCCCUGAGGCUGCUGUCAUGGUUUUUGGCAGGGCAGGUCGAAAAUACGCUAGGAGCAGUGCCGAGGCUGGCGCUGCAGCUGUCAACCGCAGCCGUGGUGCUCGUCCUCAAGACACCACACUGAAGACGGCCGUAAAGAAAAAGGCGACGGCGGCACUGGCACGUAAUGACGGCUCGCCUGGAGCGAUCAUGGUGCCGGACAUGGCCAUUGAUCCAAAUGAGCCGCGGUACUGCUACUGCAAUCAGGUGUCGUACGGCGAUAUGGUGGCCUGCGACCACGAAGACUGUCCUCGCGAAUGGUUUCACUACAGCUGUGUGGGCCUGUCGAACCCGCCAAAGGGCAAGUGGUACUGCCUCUUCUGCACACCUCCUGGCUUCAGAGGAUCGGGGUCCAUUCCGCCCCAUGCACCCUGCGUACCAGCGGGAUAUAAGGCUGGAGCCCCCUUCAUCCAAGGAUCCGCAUCGUCCCAGCAACACGGCGGCAGCCAACACAAGAGGAAGCGAUGACGAAGACGACUUAUCUCUCUCUUUUUUUCUCGGUCUUUCCUCGCAUUGUAUCUUCUACUGAUCAUUUUCAUGUCUUCGGACUGGUCAAUUCUACAGAAGUUGGCUUCUAGA